AUGGUCAAUAUAAUUUCAUUGUAUUUGGUGAUGAUUAUGCUUACCAGUUGCUCAUCAUCGCUGUUAUUGGAUAAAUUGCGGCGGCAAAAGGCAAUCGCUUUCGUACCUGAACUAAGCACAGCAAAUCAAGUGGCUUUUGACGAAGGUUCACCAUUUCGUUUAACCUGUGCAUUCUUAUCUAACUUCGACAAACUUAAUGUUUUCUGGUUUCACAAUGGAACAGUAAUGCAAUCAUUUAUUUCCACUUCUAUCUCAGAAGAAGAAGACGAUUCAAUCGAAAGUCCCUAUCUUGUAUCAACCAUCGUCUCAACCAUCGAAAUUGAACAAGCACAUUUCGAUAUGAACGGAGCCUAUCAGUGUAUUGCCAUUCAUGAUGAUCUGACUGCUCAGCAUAGUUUCGAUGUUAGCGUCAAAAUGCAUGAUGCGAAUUUUAUUCCAACGAAAUUUUCUGAAGAUGCUAUGAUUACCGUUCAUACAUAUCAAACAUUAUUCGAACCGCGAAGUCAAACAUCACUGAUGUGCCGUGUUAAUCAUCAUGAAAAAGAUGCAUGUACAGUACGAUGGUUCGAUCCUGAAGAUGAGCCGUUGGACACACUCGGUGAACAAACCGAUCUAUCACUGAAAAAUGCCAAUUUCGAAGAUCAUAUGGGAUUAUAUAAAUGUCAAGUUUGCUGUGGGAAUCAGUGUCGAACAUUGACAUCAUUUGUUUAUCCAGCUGGAUUAGACAAGUGA